GCAAGAGAAAUUCGAAACAGUUUGGGUAUAGGAGAAAUAAAGCGUCUUCUGGCUUCUUACAAUUUGUCUCCGGUUGGAGAUAAAGAUGAACUUAUCUUUAGACUUGCCACUUAUUUGAGACAGCAAAAAAAAUUAGAUGCCUCGGCGCCGACCUCUAAUAAAAUUCUAGUUAUUGAAAAUAGUGAAAAAGCAAUAAAAAUUAGUGGAACUGAUUUGAUACAUAAAGUUUUGGAAGUUCAAGAUGAUUAUUGCCUUUUACUGAGCCUAAGUGGGAUUACUGUGACUGAAGAUUCUCCUCUUCCCCAAUUAAAAAAAGCGUAUUUGUUAUUAUCCCUUAAAAUCCACCCUGACAAAAACAUUGGCGUCUCUGAAGCAACUCAAGCCUUUCAAGCUUUGGUUCUCGCUUUUGAUGCAGCCUCAAAGCCGCGAGUAGUAGACUCAUCUUCCGGUACGAAGAGGAGGAAAACAAGGAAACUUGCCAGAUCCAACGUGAACUGCUACAAGACCAAGAUCCAGUGUCCUCGGUGCCACUCUCCAUGGGGCGGGUCUGAUCUCGGCCUGGAGAAGGGCGCCUACAACUUUUUUAUGGAAGCCAUCAAGCAAUACGUUUGCGGUGUUUGCUCAUGCCUCUUCGGUUGCAUGACUGCCGAGCACUUUUGCCCGCUAUGCAACAAACGCUUCGACUACGAUCCAGCGGACUAUCAUUGCCAAAUCAUUUGCGGAAACGACUGCAAAGGGACUUUUGGAUUUUAUUACUUUGAUGUGUCUGAUAGAAGAUAUGAAGAGGUUCGCAGAGAAGCUAAAGUUUUAGCGGAGCAAGCUGCAAAGAAUAGAAGCCAGAGGCAUUGUCGAGCGCAGCGGUUUAACCAGAGAGCAGAAACUUCUUCCGUUGCCGAGGUGCGAACUUCGAGCGCUGAGGAGCUAUUAUUUAAAAAGGGGCUUAUCGAGUACUGUCCUCGUUGCGGCAUAGCCGUAGCAGACUUACUACAGGAGACUUCGACACGCCCCCAAAAAAUUGCUGUAGAUGACGUCCCUUCUAUUCAUUUAAAGAACUGCUCGGAUGCAGAGCAGGUAGCGGCUUAUCAAAGACGAAGACAGUUUGCAAAGGAAAAGAGGCGUUCCCUUCAAGCUAAAGAAAUCAGGCAAGAGGACGCUCAAGUGUUCAAAGCGUGGGAGUUGCAGGGCCGUCAAGUUGGUCAGCUGUGGAUGCUGAGCGAAAACACAUUACGAUCCCAAUGCGCUUCCAAUGGGGUUUCUGACGUGGACGCAAAGGGCAAUCCCCUCGGCAAAGUCAACCUAAUCACCCGCUUGGCUAGCCAUUUUCGCUCAGUGGAAAAUAACAGCAAUAAUAAGGCACCCGCACUCAUCUCCUGGCUCUGAUCGCUCUAAAUAUUUCAGUAAAAAUACGCAGAAGACCGUGACAGCUUACGACACAAGAGGAAUAGCCGAAGCCGGACCAGCGAACUUACCGUCUAACCUAAACACGCUGGAACUUGAAGAUUUGAGGGCUGUCUGUGCGAGCUACCAGAUAACUUUUAAAAUUGCUGACAGGAAAGCCACGCUUAUAAAGAAAAUUGAAUUGGCUGCUUAUAAAAAUGACAAGGAAAUGACUCGAAUGCUUUUAGAGGAUAAAAGAAAAAAGCGCAUAAAAAGCUGGGAAGUAUGAAGAAAG